AUGGACUACUCGUAUCUGAAUCAGGCCGCGGCCGCAGCAGCGGCCGGCUUCGAGGCCUCCAGCUGCGCUUUAGCCGCCGGCGAGAUGCAGUGCAGUUACGGAGACCUGAGCUCGUGCUCGCAGAUGAGUCAAGCGGCCUAUCGUUACACUGCCGGUGCUGCGGCCGGCGGCACGCCGCUCACGGCCCAUCACACUGCGCACCCCCAUGCCCACGCGCACCAUGGGGCCCACUCGACCCCCUGCUCCGUAAUGGCCGCCAGGUCCCAGGAAGUCCAUCGGCACGCCGCCUCCAUCUUCCCGUCGGCUAUCAAUCUUCAGAGUGGUUUGGGAUAUAAAGCUUACUCAGGACAUGAUGGUCUCGCGGAGAAAAGAAAACAACGUCGGAUACGAACGACAUUUACGUCGGCUCAACUGAAAGAAUUGGAACGUGCAUUCCAGGAGACACAUUAUCCAGACAUUUACACUAGAGAAGAGAUUGCUAUGAAGAUCGACCUGACGGAAGCUAGAGUGCAGGGCUGGGAACGAGAGACGAUUCCGGGAGUCGAGGGGUUGCUACAGUUGGUGGCACGAAGGGAUGAAAUGGGGAAAACAUUCGCUCGGGUUCUGGUGGCUAGUGUCGGGGCUGGGCUGAUACACAAGGGGCCCAUGCCAGAGUGUGCGCCGGUAUGGUUCCAGAAUCGGCGAGCGAAGUUUCGCAAGCAGGAGAGGUUGGCCCAGCAGAAGUCUACGUCGCAAAGUGGCAUCGGGGUCGACAGCGGCGCGUCCAGCCCCGUGGCCGGUACCGUGAAAGCGGAGGGACGCUCGCCGAGGAGUCCGGCGACGCCACCCGGUGGCUCGAACAGCGUGCUUUCGUCGAAUGAGAUCAAGCCGAUCACUAAUCAGAACCUGGUGAACGUGAAGCACAACACGGAUGGCACAAGCGACGGCUCGCCCAACGUCAGGGGAAGCAGCGGUGGCGGCAGUGGUGGCUGGGGCUCCUGCAGUCCCAGGCCCUUUUCGGCGGCCCUGCCGCCCUAUCUGUUAGACCCGCUACCGCUGAAAACUGCGAAUCUCUACUAAACCGUCUAUCCCCGUCACUGGCCUGGCGGAGAAUGUAAAUACAGAGAGCCGCCCGCUCGUCAACACGGAGACGACACGCCGUUCAGGUUCAGGAAGCGUCCAGGUUCCUUCCCGAGCCCCGGUUUCCCGUGGCACGUGACUUCGUCGAUGCCCAUCCGCACAUGCGGUAUCUUUAAGAACUCCGGUAAGACGCGCCGCUCAUAUUUUUGACAAAGAUACAUUUAGACAGUCGGGAGAACGGGCAGAAGGUGUGUCAGCUUGCUUUGACGUAGCUGAGAUACAUUCCGAAAUUUGUGCGCACACAAGACAGAGCGUUAAAUGCCAAUCAUUGAAAAAUCAGGAGUCGAGGUGAAUAUAACUUAUUGUUAGUGAAUUUCGAUUGUGGUAUUAUCGUGCAGAGAUUCAGAAGCCAAUCAGAUACUGUCUCUUAAGUUUGACGGAGAAAUAAUUCGUAACAUCAAAU